GAUGCGUUUGUUUCUCACACGAGCUAAAAUUUUUUUCACUGUUUCUAACGUAAAUAUGUUUUUAGUCAACUUUUUUUAUGGAUUAGUGACUCUAUUCGUGGUCAAUUAUGUUAUCAAAUUUGUGCAAAGAAUCCGAAAACUGCCUCCUGGACCAUGGGGACUACUGAUUGUUGGCUACUUACCUUUCCUUAGACAAAAUUCUUACGAUCAGAUGACCGAGUUGGCGGCAAAAUAUGGACCAGUUUUCAGUUUCAAGUGUGGUCAGUUUGAUGUCGUUGUCAUCAAUCAAUGGAAGUUUAUUAAAGAAGCUUUGGCGAAUGAACACUUACUUGGUCGACCCAAAGGGUCUGCCAUACCUGGUGUCAUUGAACAUGCCUCAUUAAUUGAAAUGUCUGGUCCACGUUGGAAGGAACAGAGACGAGUUGCUUUAACCACACUUCGAGAUGUUGGUUUAGGAAAGAGUGAAAUGGAAGAUUCGAUUAGAGACGAAAUCAAAUCAUUUACUGAAGUAAUCAAAUCUUUUAAAGGCAAACCAAUAUCAGUAUCGGAUAAACUAUCCUUGAGUGUAUCAAACAAUAUAUCAAAGUUAGUAUUUGGACACACAUACGCUUAUGACGAUCCUCUUUCACUGACUAUGGCAAAGAUACUCGCCCAAUCGAACGCGAUGAGUUUUUUCAACGUUGUACAAUUUAUGCCAAUCAUCGCAAGAUUAAUAAUCAAAUUAAACCUUUUUAAUAUGGGUGAAACUUCUUCUCUUCUCAAAAAAUUUGAAUCUCAUGUUAUUGAUGAGGUUGAUGAACACCGAAAAAAAGAUAUUGAUGAUAAUGUAAUAAAAGAUUACAUUGAUGGAUUCCUCCAUGAAAUGUCCAAAAGAAAAGAUGAAAAGGAUUCAACUUUCAAUUUAGAUACUUUACAACGAAAUGCAUCUUUAUUCUAUGGUGCUGGAUCUGACACGAUAGCAAGUACAUUCAAAUGGAUGAUGUUGUAUCUGGUUAAAUAUCCUGAAUACCAGAAUAAGAUAAGAGAUGAAAUUAAACAGACAAUUGGAUUAAAUAGACAACCAGAAAAUGUAGAUCGAAAACAAAUGCCUUUCACAAUGGCCUUUAUUCACGAAUCUUUGCGACACUCUUCAUUAGUUCCACUUAAUAUAUUCAGAAGAGCAACUGAAGAUACCAAAGUUGGAGACUAUUCAAUACCUAAAGACUGUCUUGUCGUAUUUAACUUUUGGGCAGUUCAUCGCGAUCCAAAUUUAUGGGAUAAUCCUGAGCAAUUCAAACCUGAACGGUUCCUCAAUGAAGAUAAAUCUAAAGCCAUUAAACCACCAUAUUUGGUUGCAUUCAGUAGCGGAAAAAGAGUUUGUCCUGGAGAAAGUUUUGCUUAUCUUCAGUUAUUCUUGUAUCUUGUGUCAUUUUUACAACAGUUUGAGAUCUCAGCUGAACCAGGGAAAGAUAUUUCAUUAGAAAAAUUACAAACAUUCGUAGUAAGAAAGAAAGAGCCACCUAACUUGAUAUUCAAAAGUGUUGAUUAAGCUUCAAGUCGUUACUUUCAAAGUUGAUACUGAAUAGAAUUAGUUGCAUAAAAUUAAAAUUAAAGUACCAAGUCGAUCAUUGAUUGUAUGACUUCAAAAAUGGUUGAAAUGACACAAUUUAAGGUUCCCUAAGAAAUGAUGGGAAUGAAUUUAAAUGUAAAAUUAUGAUUUUUAACAAGGAUAUUAAAAAGAAUGUCAUAAAAUAAAAGAUUGCUCUUUUUGAUUAA